AUGAAGUCUGAGAAUUCAUCUCCGUCAACCAGUCUGGUCAAAUGUUGCGAUUGUGGGUUUAGCUGUUCAAUGAUGAACAGGUCAUUUUCAGGGACCUAUCUUCGUUCUGUAAAGCGUAAAUAUGAUGAGUUUGAGGAAGAAAGCCGGUUCACAAUCCCAAGACUGGUUUUACAACAAAAUGCCCGUGUGGAGAUAGGAAAUGAAUGUGCGGCAUUGCGUGAGACAGUCAGCAGCCAACAGCAGACCAUUCAGGAUCUCAUUUUAGAGCUUGAGGAGGAGAGGAAUGCAUCGUCCUCAGCUGCCAAUGAGGCCAUGUCAAUGAUACUGAGGUUGCAGAGGGAGAAGGCAGAGGUUCAGAUGGAGGCGAGGCAGUUUAAGAGAUAUGUGGAGGGGAAAAUGGCACAUGAUCAGCAGGAGAUGUUAGCGUUGGAAGAUUUGUUGUAUAAGAGGGAGCAGACCAUUCAGUCUUUAACUUGUGAGGUGCAGGCCUAUAAGCAUAGGAUGAUGAGUUAUGGACUCACAGAGGCUGAGGCUGAAGGAGAGAAGGAUAUGAGCCGAAGCAAUAGCAUGAAUGAAAACCUCGAGGGGCAAUCUGAACUCCCUCCUUACGAGAUAUAUCCUCCUCUCAAGUGCAAUUUGAAUGAACCCCAAACAUAUCCAGACGGCGAAGAUGAACCUGCUGACAUAGAGAAAUUUGCAUUUGGUGAAACUCCACGGUCGAGGGAUCACUUGAAGGAUUUAGAGGACCGGAUCAAUCAAUUGGAGAGAACUCCUAAGACCAUUGAGCCUGAAGGGGAAUUUAAAAAUGCAUUUGAAAAGGUGAUAGUCGGUCAAUCUCCAAGGUGGCCUCGGCAUCUUAGGAAGUUCUCAACUGAUAGUUCAAAUUCGUAUAUUAUGAUGGGUAAAGAAACUGGGGCAGAAUUUUCCACUGAUUCUCCAAAGUUUUGUGGCAGUUUUAAGAAGACAGUAAAUACGCAGAUGGAAGAGAACUCUAAUUUGAGAAAGGUCGAUAAUGCAUCAGAAGUUGGAGAUGAUGUGAGUGACAGAGUUUACACAAUCGAUUCUAUUCAUAAGGGAGCUUUAUAUAAUGGUGUCACAGAUUCUAAGUCUUCUGUUGGAAUAGGCGACGACUAUAUAACGACCCCAAGAGAGUCGCUAAAUCAUUCUGAUGUUAGAGAUCUGGAGGUCCAGAAGCUGUACGCUAGGCUUCAUGCUCUUGAAGCUGACAGAGAAUCAAUGAGACAGGCAAUUAUUUCUGUUGGAACCGACAAAGCACAGAUGGUGUUGUUGAAGGAGAUUGCUCAGAAUUUGUGCAAAGAAAUGUCACCAGCAAGAAGGAUGCCUGAGCGGAAGCCAUCAGUAAUCGGGAGUUUUUCGUCAAUAUUCAAGUGGGUUGCAACUUUUGUUUUAUGGAAAAGAAAAGCUCGCAAAUGCAGGUACAUGUUCGGAUUAUCAGCCAACAAUGCUGGCUUACUAAUGCUCUUAGAUAGAGGACCUCGUGUGGGGAAGCGGAGACGUCUUUCAAAUUCACAAUUGUGA